AAUUUCUGCGCCAGCAAUCAAUACCUUUCUUGGAUCCUUCAUGCAUCUAUUCCCCUGGUAGGGAUUGCCAAGUGGCACAGAGUAAGCUCGGCCGAGAGUUCUCACCGUCGGAUAUAAGUGUUCCUCCAGCUGGUACUAUAAGUAUAGGCAACAGCACUCUCCUUGGAGGUUUAUUAUCUGUCUUCAUCUCUUUAAUUAUCUCAAUCAACAUCUUGAUCUUCUUAGCUUUUUUAUCACUCCACACAAUCAAACAAGCUACACCAAGACACAUUCGGAAGCAAUGAUGUCUCCACCCAAGAUCGCUCUCAUCGGCGCUGGUCCGGCCGGUCUCACGCUUGCACGCCUUCUCCAACAGAAUCAGUUCAACUGCACCAUCUACGAAUCGGAGGUUGACCGCUAUGUACGAAAUCAAGGCGGCACACUUGAUCUUCACACAAAGACGGGGCAACUGGCUCUCAAGGAAGCUGGACUGCUGGAAGAAUUCAAAAAGUAUGCUCGGCCUGAAGGCGAGUGUAUGAAACUCGUCAAGCACGACGGAACUGUUCUCUGGGAUGAGAAUGAGACAGGCAAUUCCAACCGGGUAGCAGAAGAUAGCGAUCGCCCCGAGAUUGAUCGUGUUCGACUGCGCGAUAUUCUACUAGAUUCCCUCCAACCCGGUACCAUCAAAUGGAACCGGAAACUCCUCCGUGUAGAUGCAGAUACAAAGACCAGAGGGAUCUCCGGAGACAGAGAGACAUACACCUUGCAUUUCACUGAUGGCAGUGUGGAGAAAGAUAUCGAUCUUCUUGUCGGUGCAGAUGGUGCCUGGUCAAAGGUACGACCUUUACUCACGGACGAGCAGCCAUUCUACUCUGGUAUCACCUGCAUCGAACUCUGGUCUCUGGGUGUCGAUGCGAAAAACCCAUGGCUUUCUCGGUAUGUUGGCAAAGGAAGCUGUUUUAUGUUCGAUGAAGGGCGAGCGCUGCUCUGCCAGCGCAACGGAGAACAAAACGGCAGUGUUCGCACCUACGCCUGUGUGCGCAUGCCAGAAAAAUGGGCUGAGGAGUCUGGCAUCGACUGGGCUGGAACUCAUGCAAGGGAGACGCUUGUGGAAAGACAUUUCAACGAUUGCGGCGACGACUUGAAACGUCUCAUUCUUGAAAGUCGCGACGAGCUUAUUGUACGCAAGGCUUGGAUGUUACCAGUUGGUAUCAAAUGGGAGUCGCGCCCUGGGGUUACUUUGCUGGGCGAUGCCGCUCAUCUCAUGACUCCAUUUGCCGGUGUUGGUGUGAAUGUCGCCAUGGCCGAUGCGCUUGAAUUAGCUCGAGCAUUAAUAUCUUGCAAAGACAGCGUGGUGGCUAAGGAAUCCAGUGAUGAUCACAAUAUUGCUGUUGCCAUUAAGCAGUACGAGACGGAGAUGUUCGAGCGUGGGAGGCAGAAUGCACAGAAAACAUGGGACAAUAUGCAAGGGCAUUUCAGUGCCAACGGGAGUGAAGAAUUGGCAGCGAGACUGAAAGGACAUAAUUGAAAGACGAAGGCUGACUGGUUUGAUUUGACUUUCAAGGCUAAGAUGAAGCUUGAGUGGGCGAUGGUUUUCUGUUCGGCCUGUUUUCUGUCUUGCCAUUUUGCGCACUCUUCUUCUUAAAGAAAUCUGAAAAUUUUAUAUCCCCUUUAAGUUUCACUGUGGUUCAAUUUUGAUCACGAAAAGUAUAAUAGGAAUCCCAAAAGAUAUACCACUGCACUUAAAUCAAGUACUGAAUUCCUCAGG